AUACAAGGAUGGCAGCAAGUAUGUCAUGACCGAGAUCUCUGUAGAUGGACAUCGUGUAACAUACAACAUGUCUGACAAAAAUCAACCCACUCUAACAAUCAAAGAUCUGAGAGAGGGCGAUGCAAAGUUUUACUGCUGCAGUGAGAAUACAAAAAACAACUCAAAUAACUGCUGGCUAAAUAAAAUCAACCUCCAACUUGCAGAUUUGCAGGUAAAGGUGAUUCCUACCACAGAGGAAACGUCAGUGACACUGAUGUGUAGCACCAGCUGUGUUCAGACUAAAAACCCUGCAGGCUACAUCUGGUACAAGAACAGAAAGUUUUUCUAUCAGGACUGGUCUCCCUGGUACCAAGAGCUGGUCAGCAGUGAAGAAGCAGUCAGAUACUCCUGUGCUAUCAAAGGCUACGAGGAACACAGAGCCCCUGAAGUCUCUGUGGAUUCUGUCACACCAGCCUGCAUUAAUGUGACCUACGCUCAAGGGAGAAUGUGUUCUUACAAGCAGACAUCAGUGAAUGAGUCCUGCUCCCUCACAUAUCCCACAGAAGUACGUCUUCAGAGGAGUUCUAUGUCACAGCAUACCCUGACCUGUAACACCAGCUGUCCACUGACUGACCCUCAAACUGCCUAUAUGUGGUACCAGAACAGACAACUGUACAAAAACGCUAAGGGACAACAGUUUUCAGUUUCUGGCUCAGCUGACAGCUACUCCUGUGCUGUGGAAGGCUUUGAGGAUCUGCUGUCUCCUGAAGUCUGUCUUGAGGGUGAGAGCUGUUGGACUGUGAAUUAUGCCAUCAGGAGAAUCUGUGCUCUACAAGGCUCUUCAGUGAACAUUUCAAGCGAAUACUCACAUCCCUACGAGCAGCCACCCAAGCACAAAUAUUGGUAUAAGAUAAAGAUAAAUGGUGAGAAGGAUACUGAACAGCUGAUCACAGCUGGGGGUCGUAUGGAGUAUCAUGGAAACAGGAAGAAUCACCACAUGCUGAGAAUCAUAAACCUGAAGAAGGAUGACUCUGGCGAAUACAUAUUCAGAGCCCUGACAAAUACAUCGAAAAUGCUUUAUUUUCCUGGAGUGACUUUGGUUGUCACAGGUGUGAAAGUGAGGGUGCACCCUGCAGUGGUGAAAGAGGGCCAGACAGUCACACUGACUUGCAUCACUAGCUGUCCUCUUUCUGUUAACAUGACCUACAUGUGGUACUUGAAUAGUCGACCUCUGAUCGUGCCACAAGACCAAAACAAAUACCUGGUUCUGGACCCAGUCAGCAGUCAGCAUGCCGGAAACUACUCAUGUGCUGUCAAACCCGGCAAAAAAUCCAGUGAGAAGACUCUAACAGUCCGAAGUAUCAGCAAGAAACACAUAUCAGCAGCUGCUGCGGGAGUCUGUGCUGUUCUCCUGGUUAUUAUACCUCUAGUAUCUCUAGUGGUCAUCUUUUGGAUAAGAAGAAAGAGGACUUCAGGUCAGUGUCCUAUAACUGAAGCAACAGAGAACACUGAGCAGUUAAACCUUGGCCCUGUGUAUGACGACAUCUCAGCUCAACCAACAGAGCAGGAUGACCUUGAUGACCUUCAAUAUAGCAGAGUCCACUUCUCUAAGACUCAGAAAGAUCCUCUGUACUCUAGCGUCCUACCACAUCAGCCUAAAAAAGAGGACCAUGCUGCUUAUGCUGUUGUCAACUUUAGACCCAACAUGAGCCCUAAGGGUGAUGACCAGGUAGUGGGCCUCUAAAAAAUUCUACAACAAAGCAAAUGAAUGAAUGCAACAACCCACCUGCCUCUGUAAUGUAUGAUGAUGCGUCUGUGAUGUACAGAACUUGAGUAUUGUUCUGUUCAUUACUUACAUGUUGGGAGUUCAGUUGAUGAGCUUGUCUACAGUUGCCUACUGUAAAUGAGUAGGCAGAUGUCCAAAGUCACUUCAGAGGCACACUUGAGAGCACUGACCAACACCCACUACCUGUUUUAGGGGGUGAAAUGAGGACCUUUUAGUUACUGUGAUUAACCACAGUCCUGCCUGUUAACUCAUUUAGCCAGGACUUGCUGUGUAGACUUUCACUGUGUCAAAAUUGAAGUGGACUAGUACUCCUCAAUACACAGUAACAACCCUCAAACAAAUACUAUUUCUGUGAAACAUCUGUGAAAUGUUCAAAUUAAUCUAGGUUACAACAAAAGGUCCUGCAGGACUAUGUCCAACAUCUGUAUUUCUUAUAAUUUGUUGGCAAACUGUACCGUUAGAGGCUGGGAUACCGAAUUAACCCGGGCAAUUCACGGUUGGUUAGAGAAAUCAUGGCAGCAAUGCCGCAGGCUAACGCUAGCUGGCGAUAGUUAAGUUACUUCUUUCUCUAAAAUAGAAUAAAAAUAAAGAAUUGAAGUCACUGUUUUGCGUUAACAUUUAAUUGGGUAACAAGUGUUAUGUUACAAUAAGCUAAUAUACAGCAAAUUAAACAAAAAAAAUACUCACCAAAUGUCCUGUUGACGCCUGUUUCCAGUGACUGCUAGCCCUAACCAUCUUAGCUAAUGGUCGUCUCUUGCAGUCACUCAAAGAAAGACACAGACAAAAAGGGAUUGAGUUCAAGUUAUAGUGUUUAACGCCCACAUUAUUUAUGAAAUUGCUGGCCAGGUGUAGAUAUGCUAGGCCACUGAACCAACGGCUUUAAAAAGCUAAAGUGUUGCUAAGCAACCAGAGUAGUUCAUGGUAGGUUUGCAAAGUCAUGCUAGCAAUCCUGUCGGCUAAAGCUAGCUAAAUUAAUAACUUAUUUCUCGAAUAAUUAAUUAGUAAGCAUUUCUCGUUUCAUUUUUACACUUUUUUUGUAUCACCUCUUAUGUUGCAGAGAGCUAACGAACAGCUAUUUGAGAAAAUACUCACCUAACAUGAAAUGAUUUGUCCGUGUUGAUGUCUUUGUUGCCAGUGCCUGAGGCCAAGCAUAAAAACUAAUGGCCGCCUUUUGUUUUCUUUUUUUGUAUUACCCGUAAUGUAAUAGGGGUCUGUGCAUGAAGUAUAAUUCUCCUGCAGUUGUUCACGUUGUAUAAUGAAAAAUGCCA